CACAUUUAUUUAAUUUUUUUUUUAAAAUUAUUUGUCUAGAUAUUUGAAAUAAGAUUUUGUUAGAAUAGAUGCUUAUUAAUAUGUAUCAGAUUCUCUUCUGAAGGUUUCAAUUAUGGAAAUAAAAUAACAAUGAAUGGAUAGAUACGAACGGAUAUAAUAUUCAGUAACUAUAUGUUAUUAUUUACGGAAAUUGAAUGAAACAAUGAGGAUUUAUUAUUAUGAUAAUCUGCUUCAAAACACCCAUAAGAAGAAUUGUUAUAGAAGAUAAAGUGAUUUCAAUUCGUGAUAUAAUGUUUGAAUAAUCGACUAGAUUAUUAUGACAUAAAUUUUAAAAAAGAGACAUUGUAUCAGUCAGUGCUUCGUUUCAUCACCAAUUUUUCCACAUCAAGAUGAUUCAAUUCCAUUUUGAACAAUAGAAUAUACUGUCAAUUGUAAUGCUACAAUGAUAUUGUUUAUAUUUGUAUUAUUGAUGACAUGAUAAUUAUUGUCUUUAUUAGUCAAUAUUUACUGUGUAUAGAGACAAGUGAAAAUAUGUUUCAAUCUUUUAAGGUCGAUUUACCAAAUUAUAAAACACAAAUUAAUUUUCACAAAGAUAUGAACCAAUCAAAUGAAUCACAAUUGAAUUUCAAGCGGAUACACAUGAUAUCUUCAAACACUACAGAUCAAUAUCAUCUCAGAGAAGAACGCAAAUUACAUAAUAAUAAAUCCGUAGAAAGUCAUGGUGACUACUAUCAUUCAUCAUUAUCAUCAACAUCAAUAACAACACCAUUGAACAAAGUGAUAAAAACAAUCAAUUUUAUAACAUUUAAAAUAUCCGAUUGUUACCUACAUAGUCCAUCUAUGCAUUUGUAUGAGAAAUUCCGUUUACAGUUUACAUUUCGUACAUCUCAAGAACACGGUUUAAUAUUAUUCAAUUCAGAUAAAUAUGGUGUUGAUUUUUUAGCAUUUGAAUUAAUCAAAGGUUAUUUACAUUUUGUUUUCGAUAUGGGAAGCGGAUCUCAACGGUUUGCAUUGACUACACAUAGUGUUACGGAUUCCAACUGGCAUAAUGUGGAAUUAUUUAGAGAAGAUCUUGAGAAUAAUAUACUCCAGUUAUACAUUGAUCGAAAUCAAAGUAUUGAACAAUUUUUGAAGAUACCGGUUUUUAAUGGUGACAUUGCAAGAAAUUUCAAUUUAAACGAUCCACUAUAUAUCGGUGGUAUAUCUCAACUUGUAUUCCUGAAAUGGAGAGAAAAACUUAGUUCAUACCAUGGAUUUCAGGGUUGUCUAGGCAAUUUCUCUAUAAAUGGACUACCUCCAUUUGAUUUAUUAAAUAUGGCUAAGUUAAAAUAUGCAAAAAAUUGGACUUUACCUGUCUGUCGAGAUCAAAUCGUGGACAAUUGUCACCAUCGACCGAAAGGAGUACUGAAUUGUAAUCAAAUUCAAAAUCAUUCGACUAAUACAAAAACAAAUAAAAAUGUUAAUGGGGAUAAUGAUAAGGAUAAACUAUUUCAACCAUAUUGCUUAAAUGAUGGAAUUUGUUUACAAACAUGGUUAGGUGUUAAGUGCGCCUGUGAAUUGACUACAUUUGAUGGGCAUCGAUGUAUGAAAGCUGGAACAACCUUUGUAUAUGGUAUUCAUGAUGAUUCCAUAAUAAAUAAUAAUAAUAACAAUAACUUAUCAAAUAAAUUCAAUCAUACAAUUAGUAACCAUGACAACAUUGGUUAUUUACGUUUCAUUUAUAAAGAUUAUGAAAAACAUACAAGACAAGAUGAAUUUAUACUUGGGAUACAAACAUUUUACAUAAAUUUCACACAUAAAAAACAACAAAAACAACAACAUAGAAACUAUUCACAAACUUAUAAUGAUGAUAAUUAUAUAUCAACUUUAUUAUUUGUAACAAGUUUAACACAAAUUGGUGAUUUUAUACAUUUAUUUUUAGAAUCAGGUAUAGUACGGCUUAAUUAUAACAUGGGUGGAGGUGUGGUUCACAUUAGUGGACCUAAUUUCCCAAUCAAUGAUGGAUUUUAUCAUCGAAUUCGAGGUUAUCGAGUGGAUCGUCAGAUAAUUCUUGAAGUAGAUGACUCAAGACAUACAUAUGAACUAAACAGUAUAUAUGGGAAACAAUUCAAUAAUCAAAAAGUUAUUUGGCUUGGACAUGCACCAAGAUUGAAUAAGACAGAUUUUUUUCAUGGUUACAUGACUGGUGUUUAUUACAAUGGACUACUAUUGAAUGAUAUAGCUGCUGGUUUAUCUUAUUUAAUGCAUAUACAUGUGACACGAUUUGGAAAUGUAAAGCAUAUAACAAAAUUUCAACCGAAAUUGCUCAAAUCGGAUUAUUAUAAAGAUGGAGUAAACUACGUGAAUCGUGAUGAACCAGUCAGUGAAGAAACAACAAACCGAAUCUUAUCCAACUCAAUUCCGCUCUUUUUUUAUUCGAAUUCUUCCCCGUCGUCAUUGACAUCGAACUAUAAAUAUUUUAAUAACAAUAUUUCAAAUGAAUCUAUACAGUCAGAUAUAAUUAAUUCACAGACAAAUUAUUUACAAUACAAUAAAUGGAAAGUGUAUAAAACAAUGAGUCGUUUACAUGAACAAGUAAAUAUCUGGCUGUUAAUUAGUUUAGCCAGUGCUGGACUAAUAAUGUUAAUCUCACUUACAUUUCUAGCCUAUAGAUUUCAUCGCAACAAACGUGUCAAUUCACAUUGUUCUAAAUUAACUAAAACAGAGCAAAUUAGUCAUUUACAUCAAUUCUCUCCAACAUCAAUUACUUAUAGAACUGCUUCAGUAGGUUCUUUAUUAAGUAUGGAUGAUAUACGAUACACUAUGAUAUCGAAACGAUUAAAACAAAAUCAAGAACAAUUAUCAUCUAUAUCAGAUGAUCAAUCACAUUCAAUUUGUGAUCAAGCAUCAAUCAGUCGGUAUAAAAUCAAUUAUUCUAACACUACAGUAACACCUUUUAUCUUAGUAACUGAUUCAAUUAAUCUACCAAGUAAAUCAUCAACAGGAAUUGAUCAAUACAAUCUAAUCAAAACAUCUUUACCUAAAAUAGAUUCAAUGCAUUUAAAUGUUCCAAUUAAAACAUUCGAGGAAUGUAUACCAGAUAAAUGUUUUAAAGAUAAUGAAUAUAAAGUUGUCUUAAGUGUUCCUAAUAAUGAUUAUUUAAAAACACAAUUUAUACAUGGAUUUAUUGAUACAUUACAUAGUGGACAAUUUAGUACAGGUUCUUCAAUAGAAACAUCACAAAUUAUGUAAUAUUCAAAAAUAAGGUUGUUAUGUAAUAAUGAAACCUAACAAUAAAUGACAGUUACCUACAAGUCGAUGAUCUGAGAUCUAUCUAAAUGAAAAAGGUACUAUUUUUUUAUGUAAAAAGGAAAGAUUUCCGGGUAUGAUUCCAUGUGGGGGCUCGCCUUGUAACGCAGCUUUGUGAUUUCCUCAAUGUGUGUCCUAUCCAAUUACAACACUUCUUCCUGAUUUCUUCCUCCACUGAAAUCUGGUUUGUUCUCUCCCACAGCAACUUGUUGCUGUUAGUGUCUGGCCUAACGGAUCCGAAUUAUUUUGCGUACACAACAGUUGAUAAACAUCUGUAUUUUCUGGUUGAUGGCUUUUGCAGUCCUCCACAUCUUCGCCCUAUACAGUAGAAAUGUCUUGAUAUUUGUAUUGAAAAUUUUGAUCUUGGUGAUUCAAACUCUUAAAUAUGAAAGAAUAUUAUUUGGGGUGUGGAGGGUGAAUAAUUUAUUGAAAAUCAAUUUUUAAUAUUAACAAAUUACUUUAUCUCACUUGUAUUAAUUUUUUUUUAAUGUUAUACAAUUUCAAAAGUUUAUGUACUCACUAGAACAUGUUUUAAUAGUUGAGAUGAUGAAUCAAUUAAAGGUAAACCACCAUGGAAAACCUGUAAGCACUGUACUAUAACAUGUUAUUCAUAUUUGAUACCGUAUUGUAAAAUUUUCAAGUGAAUUAUAAAUAGAAACAAUUGAAAUG